CCGCCCCACCUCCUCCCUAGCCCCGCCCCCCGCUGACGGUUGCUAUGGCCGGCCUCUGGGCCUUGGUGCUCCUUCUCCCGCUGGCGGUGCUGUCCGCCGCCGGACGGGGUUGUCUCCCCGCGCUGUGCGGGGCUGUGCUGUCGGCGGGGGCCUGUGUGCUGCUGGCCCGUUGCCGAGCGGGUGGCGGUCUCUGCCGCAGGGUGUGUGUGCUGGUGCUCGGGGACCUGGGCCGCAGUCCGCGGAUGUUGAACCACGCGAUGUCCCUGAGCCGGAAUGGCUUCACGGUGACUCUGCUCGGAUACCCCGGUGCAAAACCUCAUCGAGAUGUUUUAAGUAAUGACAAGAUUAACAUAGUCUACAUAACAGAAGUCAUGACAACAAUGAAAUUUGGAUCUAAGAUUUUCCAGUAUGGGCUCAAAGUCUUUGUGCAGACUUUACAGAUAUGUUACAUUCUAUUAAAGAUUGAUGCUCCUUCAUAUAUGCUCCUACAGAAUCCACCUGGCCUCCCUGCUAUUGCUGCCGUAUGGGCAGUAUGUUUGCUAAGAGGAAGUAAAUUUAUUAUUGACUGGCAUAAUUAUGGUUACACCAUAAUGAGCUUGACACAUGGAGAUCAUCAUCCCAUUGUGCUGAUUGCCAAAUGGUAUGAACGUUUUUUUGGAAAGCUCUCUGAUUCAAAUCUAUGUGUCACUGAAGCCAUGAAAGAAGAUUUGAGAGUGAACUGGAAUAUCAAGGCGACCACAUUAUAUGACUGUCCAUCUCCCAUUUUUAGAGAAACCCCUCUAGAAUUGCAACAUAAACUGUUUACGAAACUUGCUAAAGAUUUUGAUGCAUUUAAAGCAAGGAGUGAAUCUGUGCCUUCUAAUUUGGAGCAGACAGCCUUUACAGAACUACAUGCUGGGACUGGCACUGUCACCCAUAUCCAAGGCAGACCUGCAAUACUGCUUAGCAGUACUAGCUGGACAGAGGAUGAAGAUUUUUCCAUUCUGCUGAAAGCCUUGGAAGAAUAUGAAGGUUUCAUAAACAGUGGUAUAACAUUACCACCCCUUGUUUGUGCCAUUACAGGGAAGGGUCCACUCCAGGAAUUUUAUAAUAAUCUCAUUGAAAAAUUACAUUUUAAACAUGUUCACAUAUGCACUUUGUGGCUUGAAGCUGAAGACUAUCCAGUGUUGCUAGGCUCUGGUGAUCUAGGAGUUUGUCUUCAUAAAUCAACCAGUGGACUGGAUUUGCCUAUGAAAGUGGUAGACAUGUUUGGUUGUCGUUUACCCGUAUGUGCAAUCGAUUUCCCAUGUUUACAUGAACUUGUGAAACAUGAAGAAAAUGGUUUAAUAUUUAAAAACUCUCAUGAGCUGGCUGUGCAACUGAAGUUUCUCUUUACAGACUUCCAGAAUGAAAAGAACAAAUUAGGUGUAUUCAAAAGAAACCUGAAGAAAUCAAAGAUGGUUCAGUGGGAUGAGAAUUGGGAUGAAACAGUACUUCCUCUGCUAGCAGCGAGUAACUGAAAUUUGUGACUGUUGUUUUGGGGAUGAGUAAGCAGUGCUGACCAUCAAGUCUGUCUGUUAUUGUCUAUACCCAGCAGGAUCAUGAUCAGAAACCUCUUCAGAACAAAUCCAGAGCAGCAGUGCUGGACAUUGUCUCAGUGGACCAAUAAAGACUAGAUAAUUUCUGGAUUAUAAAUUUUUGAUUUAUAAGAAUGGGAGUGUUUUUUAAGCAAGUUUUAAAAAUUGGUCAGUUUUUAAUCCAAUAUUCUGAUAACUUUGACAAUUAAAUCACCAAAUAAGGUGAUUUAAAUGUUUGUGGUUACUUACAGCAUAGAUGAUUAACAUGUUCAUAGUUACUUACAGCAUAGGUGUCUCAUCAAGUUGGUGCCAGUUCUACUCCCCUGCUCGAUCCCUGCAAGAUUAUUUCCUAUUGAAAUCAUUGUUUCCUCUUUCUCCCCCACCUUUGUGUGCAGUGUGUUCCAGGUCAUUACCAUUCCGUAAAUAAAAAAAUAGUUCUUCACAUUUCUCCUAAAAUCUUUUGUCCGAGGCAGUAAAUAUGUCCCUCGUUCUUAUUGAAGCAGCUAAUGGAAAUAAUUUUUCCUUUUUAUUAAUUCCAAAUCUUUCAUAAUUUUGUAACUUCUAUCAAAUCUCCCAGGAUUUGAAAACAACGCCAGCUUUUCCAACCCAACCUUGUAACUAAACUGGGCAUUUGUGUGCCCCUUUUGCUAGCCCAUCUAUGCCAUAUUGCAGGCAAUUGGUCUCAUCCAUAAUGUAUGCCAUACCUCCAGGUUUGGCAAAACCAACAUAUUUUGUAUUUCUAUUCUAUACCAAGAUUCAAGACAUCUUUAUCUACACAGUAUAGCAAUGAUACCAGCACUGACCUGGAUACACUAUUGUCUACCACCCAGAAAGAACCAUUGAUUGUGACUUGUCGUAUUAGGUCAGUUUUGUUUUUAAUCCAAUUGUUCACCGCCCCUUGUAUUCUGAGCUUCAAACUUUUUAUGUAAUACUUAACCCUUUUUAAAAAAAUCUAUGACUCUAUUCUGUCUUUUACUAAUCUGUGGUGACUGUUUAAUUAACUCAAACCUCUCCAAGUACAUGCUGAAGAUUUUGCUUCAAAUUAUUGUUUCUAACUCACUGCUGAUGUUAAACUAUUCAGGAUUGUUGCUGAGACUGUCCUUGAACCCUUUCAUGGAUAAGUGUGUAACAUUUACCAUUCUCCAAUCUUCUGGCAUUUCCCUCAUUUCCAGGCAUGAUUGGAAAGUUAUUACAAGACGUUCUGCCUUCUUCACUCAUUGUUGCAAACAUAUAGAGGACGAAGCAACUCCUGUUCUAGUAUUGCUUCCUUUCCAGUUGGAUAUUGAACUGAUCAAACAUUCCUUCUUCUCCUUGCCGUUUACUCAUUAUCCCAAUUUUGGAAAUUCAAUCCCUCAAUAUCAUUUGUGUAGCUUUUGCAUUCCCACAAAACUUCUGCAAAUUUAACCUU